AUGGAGAAGAAGCCUCAGUCGCGAGCCUUGUGCGUCGCUCGGCUUCGUAACAGGGUCUUCACAGCUGCAAACGCUCGAGCAGCAGCGCUGGUAGCAGGACUGCUACCUGCCUGCAGCUACGUGCCUUUCGCUGCACUUUAUUGCCCACUCCGGAAGCUGCGUCAUUGGCACGAGACGCUACCAGUGCACCGGUGCAAGGUGCGCCGCAGCCUUUUUUCGCGGGAGCCUCGGAUGUGA